AUGGAACAGAGCCCCAAGCGCCGCAAGGUCUCCCACCAAGGCGACUCCAGGAUCACGGCCAACAUUGCGACUGCGAGCCCAUUUGUCUUGCAGACGGACGAGCUUCUGAAGGAGGUCAAGGUUGACUACGCCAAGGCCUUGGACGGCGCCGACACAUUGCUGCACAAGAUCAGAAACUUGAUCGAAGGCAUCGAGUCCCAUGGCCCCAUUCCCAUCGCCGAAGCCACGCGCAAGUUCCAGAAGACCCAUCGCAUAAAGAUUCCCUACCCGGAUCCGAAGCCCGCCGACGAUGCGCCGUACAAGCUUUCCUACGAAAAGCCCGCGACUUACAAUGUCGUUGGAAGCUACGUUUCGAGGACAAUGGUCCAGGCCCAGGCCAACAAGGGCAUCGACAUGAUCGUACAGAUGCCCGCCUCACUUUUCCAAGAGAAGGACCACCAGAACAUGCGCUACUUUUACCGGCGAGCGUACUAUAUUGCCAACAUUGCGGCCAGUUUGCGUAAGGAGCUUGGAGGGUCGGCCGACUUGGAAUUUGAAUACCUGAACGGAAACGCCCUCUUACCCAUCCUCUCUAUCAGGCCCGCAUCAACAUCCGAGAGCUCCGACGAUGAAAGCGACGACAAGAAGCAAUCCAAAGCGGACUACGUCAUUCGCAUCAUCCCCUGCGCACCCGAGGAGGUUUUCCCCAAGACAAAGUUGAACCCGUCGUUCAACAGCAACAAGGGUGGACAGGCCGACGCCAAAGACUCGAGUGCCGCAACGCCGUUCUACAACUCGACUAUCAAGGCCGAAGACACCUUCGUUACCUAUCUUCGUGUUUUGACCCGAGCCAAAACAGAUUGCAAAGCUUUUGCGGACGCCUGCAUUCUCGGAAGGAUUUGGCUCCAACAACGGGGUCUAGGUAGUUCGCUGUCGAAGGGUGGUUUCGGUCACUUUGAAUGGGCCAUCAUGAUGGCACUGCUCUUGCAGACGGGUGGACGGAACGGACAGCCGGCACUUUCCUCGGCUCUGAGCAGCACAGAGCUGUUCAAGGCUACCGUUCAGUUCCUCGCUUCUACCGAGUUCUCCAAGAAGCCCUUUGUGUUUGGGACCUACAAGCAGGGCGCCGAGGUCAUCCGCGAGAACGGCCCCGUCAUGUUCGAUCCUGACCGCGAAGUCAACAUCUUGUACAAGAUGAGUCCGUGGUCUGCAAGUCUCCUUCAUUUUCACGCCUGCACGACCAUGGAGGUGCUCAACGAUACUCUGGCAAACCAGUUUGAGCCGACAUUUAUUACGAAAGCCGACAUGCCGCUGCAGCUGUACGAUGCCAUUUUCGAGAUCCAAAACGUCGAUAGCAACUCGAAGAGCAACAAUCCUGACCGCCGAGGCGCCGUCUGGGACCUCAGUUUCAAGGCGAAUACAGUUCUCAAGAAGGCGCUGAAGGAGAGAUCCCAGCUGAUUCACUUCUCGAGCCAGGACCCAACGCCCUGGUCAAUCACUGGUACACAGCCCCGGAACCUGUCCAACAUCCAAGUGGGCAUUAUCUUCGACCCCGCCAACAUGGGCCGGUUGAUGGAGUAUGGCCCGUCGGCCGAGUUGGAGAAGGAGGCCGCCAAGUUCCGCAAGUUCUGGGGGGACAAGGCCGAGCUUCGACGGUUCCAGGACGGCAGCAUCCUCGAAUGUGUGCAGUGGAUGAACAAGACGGCGGCGGGUAUUUGCGAGGAGAUCGUCCGAUAUAUCCUCCAGCGUCAUCUGAGCCUCGGCGCUGGCGACCUGCGGUUCCACGACGCCGAAUUACCUCCGUCUCUGGACAUUUCGCCUCUGGACAAAGAAGCCUUUGAUGCGGCGAGGAAGGCUUUUGGCACCCUAGAGCAGGAUAUCCGCAGCCUGGAGGACAUGCCGUUGUCAGUCAGACAAAUCUCUCCCGUCGUUCCGGAGCUACGGUCCGCCUCGAUCAAGCCACCAUUCACACUCUCUCAGAAGACCAGCCCUCCGCCCAUGGACGUGAACCUCUACUUCGAGGCCUCCAGCAAGUGGCCGGAAAACGUAGUCGCCAUCCAGGAAACCAAGAUUGAAUUCCUUCUCGACAUCGACCGUAGGUUACGAGCCGUCCACGACAACAUCACAACGAGCCUGGGCCGCGACAACGCAGCGCGCGACAUCGACAACCUGGCCUACCUAGACAUCAUCUACGAGACCGGUGCCGCGUUCCGCUUGCGCAUUUACGCCGAACUCGAGGAGACGCUCCUCGAUCGCCAGGCUAAGAACAAGACUCUCAGCCCCCAGAUUCGAGCUGAGGCCGAAGAGGCCCUCUUCGACCUGCACUGGCGCUCCAAGCACCUGCCUCUGCAUACGCAGACAAUCACGACCUAUUGCACGCGAUUCACCACUCUUUCCACAACGAUCCGCCUUGUCAAGCACUGGUUCAACGCGCACAAGCUUGCCGGCCAUGUCACCGAAGAGCUUAUCGAGCUGCUUGUCCUACACGUCUUCCUCAACCCGCAUCCGUGGAAGGUCCCCUCGAGCCCCAUGUCGGGUUUCCUCCGCACCCUCCUCUUCCUGUCCCGCUGGGACUGGCGCGACGAGGCCCUCGUUGUCGACUCAUCGGACGACAUGUCCGCCGAUGACCGCGCCAUCGUCUCGCACCACCUCGAGGCCUGGCGCGCGCGCGACCCCAACAUGAACCACGCCGUCCUCUUCGUCGCCACGCCCCACGACCACCUCGGUCUGGCCUACACCCGCCACAGCCCCUCCAAGCUUCUCGCGACGCGCAUGACGCGCCUCGCAAAGGCCGCGAGCAGGCUGGUCAAGGAGCAAGGCAUCGCCCUCGACGCCGCCGAGCUCUUCCGCCCCUCCCUCGCCGAUUACGACGUGCUCUUCCACCUUUCGUCCUCGGCCCUGAAGCGCGCCGCCCGCGACGCUGCCUCCGAGGCCGGCACGCGGCACUCGCUCUUCAAGAACCUCGAUGAGCGCACCGGCAAGGUGCCCCUGCCCCUCGCUAGGCACCCGGCGACGGUGCUGUUGCGCGAGCUCGAGGCCGCGUACGAGGAUACCCUCAUCUUCUUCCACGGCGCGCCGGACGACGCUGUCAUCGGCGCCAUCUGGCAGCCCAAGUUGCGCAGCAGGCAGAACUUCCGCGUCGGUCUGCCGUACAACUUCCGACAGGUCGGGGACUUCGGCGAUGAGGAGGGCGAUGUUGUCGAGGUGAACAAGCCGGCUGUUCUUUUGGAGAUUGCCAGAAUUGGCGGCGACUUGAUCAAGAGGAUUGAGAUCACCGAGUAG